AUGAAACUCCGUGAAAACACCGGAAACGAGGACGAGACGCAUGCAGACAAAAAUGGCCGAAAGCGAAGCGAGCAGCAAAAACAAGGUGGAAAACCAGAUUAUAAACUGCCAAAAUAUGGCAGACGGGAAGGAGAAUAUAAAUCAAAACGGUGGUGGCAAACUCUUCGAGUUAGGGGAAGAAGCUUCAGACCUUAAAAUUGGGGAAACGUGUAUGGUACGAAGGACAAACAACGCUUGGCAUAAUGCUGAGAUUGUGCAGACUCGAAGCAACGAGCUAGAGGGGGGAAGACAAGAGUUUUACGUCCACUACAAAGGCCUGAAUCGUCGUAUGGAUGAAUGGAUUGGGAAGGACAGACUGAAUAUCGUACAGGAACACAGCGAGACCAAGAUCAGCGACCCAGCCGCCGUCGUCGUUGAGGACCAGCCAGACCGGAAGAUCACAAGAAACCAGAAGAGAAAACACGAUGAAAUCAACCAUGUGCAAAAGAGUUUUGCUGAGAUGGAUCCAACAACCGCUGCUCUGGAAAGAGAACACGAAGCUAUCACCAAAGUGAAGUACGUUGACCGAGUACAGAUUGGUCGCUAUGAGAUCGAUUCGUGGUAUUUCUCGCCAUUCCCCGAGGACUACGGCAAACAACCGAAGCUCUGGAUCUGUGAAUACUGUCUCAAGUACAUGAAGUUUGAGAAGACAUUCAAGAGACAUCUAGGCGAGUGUUUGCUGAGACAACCUCCAGGGAGAGAGAUCUAUCGGAAGGGAACCAUCUCAGUCUAUGAAGUGGACGGCAAAGAUCACAAGAUUUACUCCCAGAAUAUGUGUCUACUGGCCAAGCUGUUCUUGGAUCACAAGACGCUGUACUUCGACGUGGAGCCAUUUCUCUUCUACGUCCUCACUGAAGUGGAUCGACACGGUGCUCAUUUAGUCGGCUACUUCUCAAAAGAAAAGGAAUCUCCUGACGGUAACAACGUAGCAUGUAUCUUGACACUACCACCAUUCCAGAGGAAGGGCUACGGCAAGUUCCUCAUUGCGUUCAGUUAUGAGUUGUCCAAGCUUGAGGGGGCUGUAGGCUCACCAGAGAAACCAUUAUCGGAUCUGGGGAAGCUCAGCUACAGAAGCUACUGGUCCUGGGUGCUGCUGGAAAUCUUGCGAGACUUCAAGGGAACUUUAUCCAUCAGAGAUCUAAGUAACAUGACCAGCAUUGCCCAGAAUGACAUCAUCACAACACUGCAGUCGCUCAACAUGGUCAAGUACUGGAAGGGACAACACGUCAUCUGCGUCACGCCCAAACUCGUCGAGGAGCAUCUAAAGAGCGCGCAGUACAAGCGCCCUCGCUUGACCGUCAAUACAAUAUGUCUGAGAUGGGCGCCGCCGCGAAAGGUCUUCAACAAGAAUGCCAAGAUUAAGAAAUGAGUGUUUCUUGUGGAGGCAGUGUUGAAGAAGUUUGAAUUUUUUUAAUGUUAAUAUUAUGUACCAGAUAAGUUUUUGUUUUGUUUUGUAAUAUAUUGUAUAGAUAAAAACCAAAUCAAGUACAUGUAUCAAGGGAUGCUUCAUUACAUCGUAAAUAGCUCUUGAGGGUUGGGUGAUAGAUUGCUAAGUACUCCAAAAAUUAAGGAUCAUAGAAACUUACGUGGUAAGAAGCACUGCAGCUGUUUGAGAGUACGCAUUAUUUUGAAGUAUUAUAGUUUUGAGAAGUUUUCACUCGGGAAUCAUUUGAAUCUGUGAAUCGAUUUAUGCUUUCAAACAAUUUUUGAGGGUUGAAAGAAAAUUUGAGUUUCUGUGUUGUCGAUUCGUGAAUAAUGCAGCCAGCGAUGAGUCUAAUACUCACUUCUCUCUAAUGUGAAUGGAUUUGACGUUCUUGAAAAUACUGCUGUAUCAUUUUUGAACUGUUUUCUCAAGAAGUAGACACUGUAUUCAGCUGAAACUUUCACAUGUGACUUUUAUUAUAUUUUUCUUAAUUCUUGUACCAAUAUAUCAGCAUAACAUUGACAAAAAACAAUUCAUGAGCCUAUCUUUAAGUUUGGAAAGUGCUACACUGUGGCUCAAAACAUUCUACAGCUUAAUUUGACAACUGGUUCAAGUUUGCGAACAUGAGCAGUGCAACCAACACCAGUCAAGACGGAAACAAGUUAAUUUGUAUAAAUUGAAAUAUAUACUGGUUUCGUCUAAGAUGGGAAGUUUCGUUGGUUGUUUAUGGUUGGUGAAAUCUUGAAAUAUAAAAAUCUUCCCCUAAUUAACAAGAUUUAUGAAGGACAGUUUUCUUGUUUUUUUUUGUUGUUUUUUUUAAAAGAGGAGAUGCUUGACGCUCUGUGAAGUUUUUUUUAUACACCCGUCUGCACUUUAUCAAAGUUAAUCAUUUUCCAUAUUGCUCAGUAGAAUGGAGUAUUAUAUGAGUUUGAUGUCAAUAUUGGUUUUGAAUAAAAGCUAAUGAGAUUGUUAUUAUAAUUUA